GGUUUGCUGGAGGAGCCGCUCGCAGUCCAGGCCAAGAUGUCGGGCCCGGGGCUGGUGGCGGGGGACGUGGUGGUGGAUGCGCUGCCCUACUUCGACCAGGGUUACGAGGCGCCGGGCGUGCGGGAGGCGGCCGCGGCGCUGGUGGAGGAGGAGACGCGGCGGUACCGGCCGACCAAGAACUACCUGAGCUACCUGCCCGCUCACGACUACAGCGCCUUCGAGACGGAGAUCAUGCGGAACGAGUUCGAGCGCCUGGCGGCCCGGCAGCCCCUGGAGCUGCUCAGCAUGAAGAGGUACGAGCUGCCAGCCCCCUCCUCGGGGCAGAAGAACGACAUCACGGCGUGGCAGGAGUGUGUCAACAACUCCAUGGCCCAGCUGGAGCACCAGGCCGUGCGCAUCGAGAACCUGGAGCUCAUGUCCCAGCACGGCUGCAACGCCUGGAAGGUGUACAACGAGCACCUGGUUCAUAUGAUAGAACAAGCCCAGAAAGAGCUUCAGAAGUUGAGGAAAAACAUCCAAGAUCUGAACUGGCAAAGAAAGAACAUGCAGCUCACAGCUGGGGCCAAGCUCCGGGAAAUGGAAUCCACGUGGGUGUCUCUUGUCAGUAAAAAUUACGAGAUCGAACGAACGAUUGUGCAGCUGGAAAAUGAAAUCUCCCAGAUCAAACAGCAGCACGGGGAAGCAAACAAGGAGAAUAUCCAGCAGGACUUCCAGUGACUUCAUCCUGACCGUCUCACUGCAGCAUGGGUUAAAAAAACCCACAAAACAGGAACUUUGGAGAUGCUGUGUUUGGUGUGACCUCACACAGCUGCCAAAAAACCACAGCAUCUCCAAAGUUUCUGUUCUCAUUGUUUCUUUCCAUUGUUUUAAAUUCUAGGAGGAGGUAGGGUGGACUCACAGUGUCCUGUUCAAAUGUAUUAUAGGCAAAGUUAAAUGCACUGUGAAUUGCUUCAGUGUUUAUAUGCCCAGAGUAGGAGCUUUCCACGUUUCUAUGUUUUCCCCGUGCCUUUAAUAAACCUCGGUUUGCUA